AAAAAGCUCUGCAAAUCGGGGGAAACUGAGUUAACUCAGAUCCCCUUGAUUUUAUUAUGGAUUCCAACCAGUUUUGGAUCUUUGUGUCUUAUAUGUUUCUCUUGACAAUUUUGUCAGAUAUGGUUGUAUCGCCUACAUCAAUACAACUUCAUCAUGCAUUUUUGCAGCAAAACAAAGUUUCAUCAUCAAGUAUUUUUCAGUAUGAGCAUCAUCAUUACCUCCCAAAUCAAGUUUGUGGAUCCAUAAAUCAUCAAUACAUGUACCUGAGUCAAUACCCGAUUCAUUUUCAAUUUCAAAAAACCAUUUUCCUCUCAUUAGUCUCCAUGAUUUUAGGAAUAUCCAGAAUAUUGUGGAAUACAUGCAACUGAUAUAUAACAAAUUAGAUCAUUUCCUUUCUUUGAAUUAUUCUUUGCCAGUUGUUAGUAAACAAAAUAUUCGUGUAUAUCCUUUCUUAUUUUAUUCUCAUUAUAUAGGAAAGCAUAAACCAAAACACAUUACAGAAACCAAAAAACCUCCAGACCUUAAAAAGUUUUUUUUCUUGUGUUUUUGGAUGGAGAUGGCAAAUAACAACGGCGUUACCAACAUCACUGAGUAGAUGAAGGAUACUAAGAUCACACGAGGAGCUAUUGGUUCUACUAAAAAUCUUAAUGAAGCUGCAGGUGGUUGGUCAUUCAGUUUGAUUGGCUAGUUAAUAACAAAGGGGACAGAUAUUGAAACCUCUGUUAUUAAGGAUGAGCUGAAUGUAUUAUGGAGAAGCUACAUGAAAAUGGAGACAAAGUUUGUGGGAAAAUACUUGUUUAUUUUCAAGUUUGCUACCCGAAAAGAUAUGAAAGAUGUGAUGAAGAAAUCCCCAUGGAUAGUCCUGAAAGAUCUUCUGGCACUGCAGGAGUAUACCACAACAAUAGCAUAUAAAGAUUAUGAUUUCAUAAAGCAAGAUUGGAAUGUCCAGUUUAAGGGUUUACUACUAGAACAUCAUCAUGAAGCAGUUAUUAUGAAGCAAUUGAAGAUCCGGGACAAAAAAUAUCUACAGAGCCAAAAAACGGUUGACCUUGCUCAGGAAAUAUGAUCACUGCACGUGUGGAAAUAGAUCUGAAAAAACCACUUAAAAGAGGAGAAUAGUGGAAUUCUAACGCUGGAGAACCUGUUUGGAUUCGUUAUCACUGGGUUAAACAACCAUACAACCUCUGUGGUGAAUGUUAUACUAUUGACCAUGAUGUUGAUUCCUGUGAGGUUGUUGCUGAGUUGUUGCGUGAGAGAGCUAUGACCCAAGAUGAAUAUGAAGAACACUGCAUGGCAAAAAGCAAACUAGUUAUUGCUAGCAAUGUUGGUACUGUGGAAAAUGAAGAUGGGUUCAUUCAUGUCGAGAAUGACGCUGAGUCUUUGGAAGAGGCAGAGGAUCAAAGAAUUACUAAGAGAUCUAGAAACCAAGUUAUACAAGAUAAUGGUUCCAACCCUUCCAUUGAAGGUCCUAUUCUUGCUAACCAUGGAGGGACUAGUAAUGAUGAUGCGACCCAAAAUACUUAUGCUGAACAAAUUGAUGAAGUUGAAAUGGACACUCGAGAAAUUUUUGUUGCUGACACAAAGAUUGAAUCCAUGAAAAAUCAAAGGAGCCUUCCAACUGAGGAAACUGGUAGGGAUGCUCUACAAAAUGCUAUGCAGGAGUAAGGAGUUCCGAGCAAGCAGAAUGUCUGGCGUUUCUUCAAGCUGUUAAAUGGAGUAGUGAGAUGCAACAUACACAUAUAAUACUGGAAACAAACCUGAAAGGGAUUGAAAGCUUCAUCAAUAGCUCUGCACCAGUGAUAGCCUGGGAAAACGAGGAUAUUUUGCUUGAUUCCAUUGAUUGUCUUAAAAAUAUCCCGCAAUGGGAGUGUCAUUUUGUUCCUAGGAGUGGUAAUAAACCUGCUGAUAAGUUAUCUAAAUACAACAAGAAAAAUGGAAUCACUAGGGUAUGGUUUGAUAAACCCCCAAAUAUUAUUGAGAGUCUUUUGUUGGCAGACAAUGCAACAGUUUCAAGUUACUAAUAAUUCACAUC